ACAAGCAGGUGCGCGGCCGCACUCGGAUCGACAGGGACGAAGGGGAGCGGCCUCCUUGCUUACAUUUCCUGUUCGUCGCGCCUUCGACGUUCGACGACGACGGCGGCGGCGGAGACGGCGACGACGGAUCCCUAUCUAAAAAGGAACCCUAAAGGUUUCACCUUUUUGGAAUUCAACCCCUCAUAUCGCCAUCCUGAUUCAUUCUGUCUUCGAAUUUCUGAGGAGGGCAAGGCCUGAGAUUUGCUGCCCCUACGUUUUUUUUUUCACCAGCGUAAGCCUAAAAGGUCGUGCUUCACCCAAUUCUUUGCCUAGGAUUCGCUAUUUGAUUUGGAACGCAUCCCCGUGUUCCUCAUCUGGAUCAAUUUCACAACCGAGCUCCUGAAAGAUCUAAAAUUCACCAGAUUUCCUGCUUUGUAUUCUCUUCUGAUUAUUUUUGGUUGCCCGACUAGAAUAUAAUCGUUUCGUUCCGAUUCCUCUGAUUGGAUCUUCGAAUCGGAACCCUAAUUUUUUGUUGUGGUCUUUUGAACUCUUGAUAAAAUGGUGUUUUGGGAAGGGUACGUUAGUGAUGAGUUCAUGGGCACAUUCGCUCCUAUCAUCAUUUACUGGCUUUAUGCUGGUUUGUACCAGCUGUUGCCACGGUUGGACGAGUAUCGUUUGCACACCAGAAAGGAAGAGGAACAGAAAAAUCUGGUGGCGUUGCCGACAGUGGUCAAGGGUGUACUCCUGCAACAACUCGUUCAAGCCGCCAUUGCACAAGUGCUCUUUUUGGUGACUUCAGAGGCAAGCACAUUGGGUGAUCCUGUUCAACCAUCCAUUCCUGUUCAAAUGUUUCAGAUCUUUGUAGCAAUGCUAAUAAUGGAUGCAUGGCAGUAUUUUGUGCAUCGGUACAUGCAUCAGAAUAAGUUCUUGUAUCGGCAUAUUCACUCUCAGCAUCAUCGCCUGGUUGUCCCUUACGCAAUCGGAGCUCUCUAUAACCAUCCAUUGGAAGGCCUCCUUCUUGAUACCUUAGGGGGUGCCAUCUCAUUCCUGGUUUCAGGGAUGACACCGCGCACUUCUGUGUUCUUUUUCAGCUUUGCUACAAUCAAGACCAUCGAUGAUCACUGUGGACUUUGGUUGCCUGGUAACAUCUUCCACAUCUUCUUUCAGAAUAACACAGCAUACCAUGACAUCCACCACCAGCUUCAAGGAUCCAAGUAUAAUUACUCGCAGCCUUUCUUCUCGAUUUGGGACAAAAUGUUAGGGACCUACAUGCCAUACAACUUGGUUCCUCGCCCAGGCGGUGGUUUGGAAGCAAGGCCUUUGAGAGACUGAGUUCAAACAACACUUAAAAUUUCCACGUCAGGCAUUAUUCUGCUCUACUGCCUUGAUACAGAAAAGACAAAAGUAUUCAAGGAAAUAGAAUUCUCGAAGCAUAUUAGUUUUGAAUCUAUUUGGACAGGAAUAGUUUUCUCACGUUUUUUACGGAGUAAAUACGACAGUCAAACGAGUGUUGGUCGUUAAAAAAUUGUGCUGAUUGUUUCAUGCAGAAUAUAUAUGUAUUGGUCUAACCAUCAAGUGCCAUGCCUGCCUAUCUGAUAUUCUCUUCAAGUUGAUGCUAAAUUGCCAAUUGCAAUGACUUUUACAUAUUUCUAGCAGUAGCAGUAUAAUUUUGACUGUUAGCACGGUUGUAAUUAUCAAAUGCCUUUAUGUUUCCUA